AUGCUGGAGAAGUCUCUCCUGGACAGCGACCCUGAGGUCGCCCAGAUCAUGAGCAACGAGAUCCAGCGCCAGAGGGAGUCCAUCAUCCUCAUCGCCUCCGAGAAUGUCACCUCCCGUGCCGUCUUCGACGCCCUCGGCUCUCCUAUGUCCAACAAGUACUCAGAGGGCCAGCCUGGUGCUCGGUACUACGGUGGCAACGAGCACAUUGACCAGAUCGAGCUGCUCUGCCAGAAGCGUGCCCUCGAGGCCUUCAACCUCGACUCUUCCAAGUGGGGUGUCAACGUCCAGACCCUCAGCGGCAGCCCUGCCAACCUGCAGGUCUACCAGGCUCUGAUGCCUCCUCACGGCCGUCUGAUGGGUCUCGAUCUCCCCCACGGUGGCCACUUGAGCCACGGCUACCAGACACCCGCCAAGAAGAUCUCUGCCGUUUCCACCUACUUCGAGACUAUGCCUUACCGUGUCGACAUUGAGACUGGCAUCAUCGACUACGACACACUUGAGAAGAACGCCGGCAUCUACCGCCCCAAGAUUCUCGUCGCUGGUACUUCUGCCUACUGUCGUCUGAUCGACUACGCACGCAUGCGCAAGAUCGCCGACAGCGUUGGUGCGUACCUGGUUGUCGACAUUGCCCACAUCUCUGGCCUCGUCGCGUCGGGCGUCAUCCCAUCGCCUUUUGAGCACGCCGACGUCGUCACCACCACCACUCACAAGUCUCUCCGUGGCCCCCGUGGUGCCAUGAUCUUCUACCGCAAGGGCGUGCGCUCUGUCAACCCCAAGACCGGCAAGGAGGUCCUGUACGACCUUGAGGACCCCAUCAACUUCUCCGUGUUCCCUGGUCACCAGGGUGGACCCCACAACCACACCAUCACCGCGCUGGCUGUUGCCCUCAAGCAGGCCCACACGCCCGAGUUCAAGGCAUACCAGCAGCAGGUCGUCGACAACGCCAAGGCACUGGAGAACAAGUUCAAGUCCAUGGGCCACACGCUGGUUUCGGGCGGCACAGACUCCCACAUGGUCCUGCUCGACCUGCGGCCGUUCUCGCUGGAUGGUGCACGUGUCGAGUCGGUGCUGGAGCACAUGAACAUCGCGUGCAACAAGAACGCCAUCCCUGGCGACAAGUCUGCGCUGACGCCCUGCGGUAUCCGCAUUGGUACCCCAGCCAUGACCUCUCGCGGUUUCGGCACCGCCGAGUUCGAGCGCGUUGCCGACUACAUCAUCCAAGCCAUCAACAUCUGCAAGGAGGUUCAGGCCAGCCUGCCCAAGGAGGCCAACAAGCUCAAGGACUUCCGUGCCAAGAUCCAGAGCGGCGAGGUUGAGAAGAUCAACGACCUCAAGAAGGAGAUCAAGGAGUGGUCGAUCACCUUCCCUCUGCCCGUUGAGGGCUGGCGCAUGGAUGCUGGUAUCUAA